UAUAUUCUGAAUAUUGUGCUAAAAAUUGUCAUCCCUUCAUAGGCUUUCUAUCACAUGCCGUUGUGGUUACUGUUGUUGUAUUAUCCUGAAGGCAAAGUGGAUUUCUCAAUUUCCAAAUUGGCUUUCCGGAAACGCGGCUGAACUUUCACUUAGUUUCUCUCUCACUCACUUAGUUUCUCGCUCUCUCUCACUGGAGACGGACGUGUGAAUCCGAGUUGUGCGCUUUGCUUCCAUGCUCACGGGAUUUCCGCCACAAUUUUGGAGGAUCUUUCCAAUGCAGUCAAGACAACCACGCGUUGCGGAACAGACCGGGAUUAUUGACAUUCUUUAUACAGUUAUCUACCAAUUUGACCGCAGUCCUCCAGACCCCUCCAGAUGUGUUAAGUCUUCCCCGCAGAGCGCAACAUGAGGACCUUCCUGGGAUUGUUAAUGGUGUCAAUGGUGUUAAAGGUGUUAAGUGAGUCAAGUGAUGAGACGACUAUUAAAGGUGUCUUAGGACACAGCGUCCUCCUGCCAUGCACCUGCAAGAAUGGCACAAAAUUGAAUUGGCAGUGGAAUGACACUGAGCCGCUUAAUACGUCAAAUAGGUACACGGGCAGGACCAAAACAUUUCUGUCUGAGAACGGAAAUAACUGCUCUAUUCUCCUUGCCAAUGUCACAUCGGAGGACCAGGGGAAAUACAAAUGCUGUUUUCACAACGAGGUCUACCACUAUUCCUUUGUACAUCUCAGCGUUUCUGAAUCUGAACCACCAACCGAUUCAACCACCCUGAACCCUCAACGAUCGUCUGGAACUGAAGAAAGCACGAGGUUCAUAAAAGUCUUCCCUAUCAUGUUCGUAGUUGGACUUUUUCUUUUCCUCUUGUACAGGGUUCAGAAAAGAAGGGUUCACCAAAGACGCUCAAAACAAACUACUCCUGACGGUCCAACCCAAUGGUCAUAGACUUACAUUCCCACCAAACUGUGGUUUGUUAGGAAUUUGGCAUCAAAAGCUCUCCAAUACUUCCUUUCCUUCAAGGUGAUUUCAUUCUGUUUUUAUGCCACAAACGGAAUGUGCUGUUUUUGAAAACAAUGUUCAUCUUGGAAGCUUUUAUGAAUGUUUCCCGGGAUCAUCUUUCCUUCAGGGUUAAGGACUAUAAAAUGAGAUUUUCCUCUAUGAUGCUCCACAGUAAUCUAAGUCCUUGUGACUUUUUCCACAUUAGCCUUGUCCUUGAAAAAGUUAGUUUUUCAUCCUCUCAGUCAUUCGUUUCUGUGAAUUGAUUUGUCCUGAACAAGCUAGACAUUAGUUAAAUUAGACAGUAAUUGGAAAUGUCGAACACCACACCAGAGGGUUGUGUGCUCAGCGCCCUGCUGUUCCUGCUGAACCCACACAGCUGCAAACCCACACAUGAGGAGCUCUCUGUUUUCACAAUUCCCGCUGAAUUAAAUACCAACAAGACGACAGAAAAACAACAACCUUCAGAGAACAACCUCCUGCUUAACUUCAGUAAACCAGAGAGAUGAUAUUGAUCCUAAAGGAAAACUUAAGAUGGCAAAAUUCCCAUCCCAUCCAUUCCCAUCAAAUUGUAUAAUUUGCCUGAUGUAUCAAAUGUGACAAAAAAACGAAUCUGUAAAUAAAAAAUAUCUUGUUUUUAAAAAUGUUUGUAUUGAAUAUCUAUUAAACACUUAAAAUAAUAA